CGGAGUUUCCUCCGUCCCCUCUCUCCUUAUCACAGCUCAUGGCGGGCGGCGAGGAGAACGGCACAGAAAGCAGCCCCGGGGAGCCGCUUCCCCCUCCUGAGGAGCCGCCGCAGGCGCUCGCUGAGGGGUUGCUCCAGGAGAAGCCCCGGCCCGGCGCGCCUGACGGCGAGGAUGAGCAGGAGGAGGAGGGCGAGGAGGAAGAGUCGGAGCGCUCAGAGGGCCGCUCGCAGGAGGUGUUGGAUGAGGACACGGCCGCUGAGGGGCUGCAAACCUUCGGCCGCUCCGCCCCCGGCACUGAGUACGUUUAUCUGCACCUGUCACUGCCAGGUCGUGGGCUGCGGGACGUCAGCAUUCUCUCCGGAUACGUUCACCUGCAGAAAAUGGAGCUCUCCUCCAAUAAAAUUCAUGAUCUUUCCUGUGUCAGCCACAUGCCUUAUUUAGUAGAGCUGAACGCUUCCAAUAAUGAACUGACCACGUAUUUCAAUUUUAAAGCCCCCAAAAACCUCAGGGAAGUAGAUUUUUCACACAAUCAAAUCCCAAAAAUGACAGAUUUAUCAGAAUACCACUCACUUACCAAGCUCCUGCUGGAUUACAAUGAGAUCGAGGAGAUCCGCGGGCUGGAGCGCUGUCACAGCCUGACCCAGCUGGGGCUGUCGCACAACCGGCUCGCGGCCGUGCGGGGCCUGCACAACCUGCCCGUCCGCCUCCUCGACCUGAGCUUUAACCAGAUCGAGAAGGUGGACGGGCUGAAGAGCUUGAAGAAGCUGCAGCGCGUGAAUCUGUCCAACAACAAAAUAAACAGCCUGCAAGGCCUGGAGGAGCACGAGCUGCUGGAGGUGAUCAACCUGGAGGACAACCAGGUUGGUUCCUGGUGUCCUCUCAGCACUUAUUUAAUAUCUAAGGUGGUUUUCUCCUCGCUCAGGCCCCACUUUGAUGAGCUGGAGGAGGCGCUGACGGACCUGGCCCUGAUUGUCAAGGUCUACCUGGGCAUGGAGCCUCCGGACGUUCUGGAGAACUUCGAGGGCUUCCGGGGCAGGACAGGUUCCAGGACCCAGCUGAUCACGGAGGAACGGGCGGCUCCGUCCUACGGGGACCUCCUGCACAUCUCCACCCACAACUACCCCCGGGACCUGCUGGACAUGCUGACGGCCACGCCGGGAUCUGUGGAAGAAGCUUCUCUGCACAGACGUUUCUCUGCAGCUCGGCAGGUGCUUCUGUCCCACAGGGCCAUGGACCCCGAGUGCGAGCCCUCGCUGCAGCAGCUGCCGCGGCCCGUGCCCCCGCUGCCCUCGGGCAUCAGCGGGGCCCACUCGCAGAGCAGCUUCAUGGAGCUGGGGCUGGCCUGGAGGCAGGUGUUCGUCCCUCCCGAGACGGCCCUGCCCGGGCUGGAGCAGCUGCUGUGGCCCAAGCUGCCGCUGCCCCAGAGGCACCUGUCCGCAGCCGGGCUGGGCGUGCACACCUGGAGCGCCUGGAACGAGCCCCCGGAGAGCUCCGAGCCAGAGGAGGAGGAGGCUGCAGGGAAGGGAGGAGCGGCGAGGAAAUGCAGCCAGGCCAACUCGGGGUGCUCCCCUGGGCCCCACUGCCCCUCCCGGCGCCUCCUGCCCCCCAUCACACCCCGAUGGGCCAGCAGCACCUCCUGAGAGCCAGCUCCUCUUCCAAACCCUGAUUUUCACUGCAAAAUAUAUCCAAUAUUGUUGUUAGAUCCAUUUCUCAUUAAUUCCACAAAGCAGCAACUCCUGAGAGCCAGCUCCUGUUCCCAGCCCUGAUUUUCAUCCCUUUCUCUGCAAAAUAUAUCCAAUAUCAUUGUUAGAUCCCUUUCUCAAUAAUUCCCCAAAGCAGCACCUGCUGAGAGCCAGCUCCUGUUCCCAGCCCUGAUUUUCACACCUUUAUCUGCAAAAUAUAUCCAAUAUUGUUGUUAGAUCCGUUUGUCAUUAACUCCCCAAAGCAGCACCUCCUGA